GGAAGGACCUGUGUUGACCCGCUUCACCGCUCUGCUGGCCUGGCGUCCCUCGGAGUCUGACGGUUUGCGCAGUCCAGCAUCAUGGGGAAGAGGGACAACCGGGUGGCCUAUAUGAACCCAAUAGCAAUGGCCAGAUCAAGGGGUCCAGUCCAGUCUUCAGGGCCAACGAUCCAAGAUUAUCUGAAUCGACCAAGGCCUACCUGGGAAGAAGUGAAAGAACAACUGGAAAAGAAAAAGAAAGGCUCCAAGGCAUUGGCUGAAUUUGAAGAAAAAAUGAAUGAGAACUGGAAGAAAGAACUAGAAAAACACAGGGAGAAAUUAUUAAGUGGAAGUGAAAGCUCAUCCAAAAAAAGACAGAGAAAGAAAAAAGAAAAGAAGAAAUCUGGUAGGUAUUCAUCCUCUUCUUCAUCAAGCUCUGAUUCUUCCAGCAGUUCUUCAGAUUCUGAAGAUGAGGACAAGAAACAAGGAAAAAGAAAAAAGAAAAAGAAGAACCGAUUACAUAAAUCUUCUGAAAGCUCCAUGUCAGAGACCGAGUCAGACAGUAAGGACAGUCUGAAAAAGAAAAAGAAGUCAAAGGAUGCAACUGAGAAAGAAAAGGACAUUAAAGGACUUGGCAAAAAGAGAAAGAUGUAUCCUGAAGAUAAACCUUUUUCAUCUGAGUCCUUAUCAGAAUCAGAUUAUAUUGAGGAGGUACGAGCAAAAAAGAAGAAAAGCAGUGAAGACAGAGAAAAAGCAACAGAAAAAACAAAAAAGAAAAAGAAGCAUAAGAAACACAGUAAGAAAAAGAAAAAGAAGGCUGCUAGUUCAAGUCCUGACUCACCAUGACGUUAGAAAAAACCAGGAUUCCCUUGUAAAGUGCAAUGUCUGAGGAGAUCUCAACUGUGAAAAUAAUGACAUAUUUACUAAAGUGCAUGAAUAUUGUUGUUUCUAGAAUUAUUCCUGGACCGUUCAGUAGCCACUCAGAAUGCCGCUGUGUGAAGGGGCCGUAAGAGUUGCCUGCUGCCUGAGCAUCUGUCCUUUUCUCUUCCAUUGCUUAGUGACUUUGGGAGAUGAUACACUGCAGUCACACUAGUGGUUGUUAUUUGGGAAUAAAGUUAAUAUUUUUGACUAGAAGUAUCUAAUGAUAAAUCGACAGAAGUUGAGUCUGGAUACAUCAUUAAGAUGUACACAGAAAUGACCAGAUGACUCUAACAUUUUUGAAGUAAGGAUUGCAUUGAUAUUUCAGUAUCCUUACUCUGUAGAUAAGUGUAUUUUAAUUUUUCCCCCCUUGUAUACUUUUAUUAUUUACCUGGGGAAGGAACUUUCAAGGGUUGGGGUGGUUUGCUAUUUUCUUUAGCAGAAUAGUGUGCCUUUUAUCCUCAUACAUCCUAUUUUUGUGGACACAGUAGCCAUGCUUCAUGGGGAGGUCAGAGCUGGGUAUGGCAGUCCUGCGCUUCAUUCACUGAGGUUAGUAACAUCCUUGGACGCUGCCGUAUGCUGCUUUGAGUGAACCAGAGAAACGGCCUUUUGCAGCUCGAGAAGGCCCUGGAAGCUCUGGGAUGUACCUCCACUUCAAUAAUACUGAAUGGUUUUAGUAUUAGAAUGUGUUAUAACAUUUGAAUUAAUUUUGACUGUACUUUGGCUUUGGAGAGGAGUCAUUUCAAAUAGACACUGGUACUUUUUGAACUUGAUAGCUAAAGAUUCUAAGAUGCAUGUUUUAUACUGUUAAGUUUUAACCAGUCAGGAGAAUUUUAUGUAACCAGUGAUAGUUAUUUUUUGUAUGAAUUUUGUUUAGGCUGUAAUGUUUAGCUUUUAUUAACUUUUUAUUCUUGCUAUCUUAAAUUCCUUACUGCAUUUAAUGGCGUUCUUGCCGAGAUAUUUAGCAUGUAAGAAGCAGGUUUUCGGUUUUGUUUUGUUUGUAACAGCUUCAUAUUGAAGCUGAGACUUACCAUAUACAAGUCGAAUGGCAAGCCUGUUAUGCUGUGUCUUGUUACAUAAAGCUCUUGCCAGAAUCUUAGUAAGUAUAACAUUUUAAAAGUUUGUCUUUGUAUAUUCAUAAAAAAAUUAUGACAAGUUAAA